CUGCACACAAGUGGAACCAGAUAUUUUCUGCCAAUUUUUUUUUUUUCUUCAACUUUGUCAGUUAAUAGUCUGAAGAUCAUGGCAACAGCAGGCAAGGUUAUCAAAUGCAAGGCUGCUGUCGCUUGGGAGCCAGGGAAGCCCCUAUCAAUUGAGGAGGUGGAGGUGGCACCACCACAGGCUCAUGAAGUUCGCAUUAAGAUUGUCGCUACUGGAGUGUGCCACUCUGACUUCUACAUUCUAUAUGAAGCCGGUGAAACAAAGGGAUUCCCUGCAAUUCUGGGACAUGAAGGAGCUGGGAUUGUAGAGAGUGUUGGACCAGGAGUGACCAAAUUCAAACCAGGAGACAAAGUUAUCCCUCUGUUUGUUUCCCAGUGUGGGGAAUGCAAGUUCUGUUUGAGUCCCAAAACCAACUUGUGUGAUACAAACUGGAUUACCCAGACUGAAGGUUUGAUGCCUGAUAAGACAUCCAGGUUUACCUGCAAGGGGAAGCCCAUCUUCCACGCAUUGGGGACCAGCACUUUCUCCGAGUACACUGUAGUGACUGAUAUCUCUGUGGCCAAGGUGGAUGACUCUGCCCCUCUUGAUAAAGUCUGCCUGCUCGGCUGUGGCAUUUCCACUGGGUACGGAGCUGCGCUCAACACUGCCAAGGUUGAACCCGGCUCUUCCUGUGCUGUGUUUGGUCUGGGAGCGGUGGGUCUUGCCACUGUGAUGGGCUGUAAGGCAGCGGGAGCCUCCCGGAUCAUCGUGGUCGAUAUCAAUAAAGACAAGUUCAUUAAAGCAAAAGAAUUCGGAGCAACUGAGUUUGUCAACCCUAAUGAUUACAGCAAGCCCAUUCAGGAAGUACUCAUUGAGUUGACUAAAGGAGGUGUGGACUACUCCUUUGAGUGUGUGGGCAGUGCUACUGUGAUGAGAGCUGCCCUUGAGGCAUGUCACAGAGGCUGGGGAACCAGUGUUGUUGUUGGCUAUACAAACGUGGCGGACACGUCUACGCGACCGUUUCAACUAAUAUAUGGACGAACAUGGAAGGGAACAUUUUUUGGGGGAUGGAAGAGUGUGGAGAGUGUACCUAAGCUGGUGAAUGAUUACAUGGCAAAGAAAAUCAAGUUGGAUGAGUUCAUUUCCCACACUCUGCCCUUGGACCGCGUUAACGAGGCAUUUGACCUGAUGACCUCUGGGAAAAGCAUUCGAACAGUCCUGAAAAUGUAGGCAAGAGAAAGCUUCAAGCAACCUUCCCUUUUUUUAUUGUUUUUUGGCAUGCCAAUAUCCUAUCUGAAAUGGGUGUUUAUUUUCCCUAGAUCAUUCCAAUACAGUUUUACAUGUGAUCUAUACACAAAUUAAAAUAAAUUAUCAGAAGGAUGCAAUGGGCAACAGUAGCAAAAAAUACCUAUUCCAGUCUUGAUAAACCUCCUUUUUUGAAUGGAGAAAUUAGAACCCAACAGGAAAGGGGUUUCCUAAGCACUCUUGUGGUGUUUCUCUGCUUUGAAACAUUGCCAUUGAUUUUUCUCCAUUCCAGAGUAGUUAAAUCACUACUGGAGAAAACUCUUUGGAAGUGUGGCUCAUUCUUAUACAUGCAAACAUGUAGUAUAUUCCAAGUGACUUCAGUCACUAACUAGGCAGACAUUUUAUCACACAUGCUUCACAAUCAAAAGUCAAUUGCGUUGUAGUGUGACCUUUUGGAGCUCAUAUUUUGACUUGGAGAAAUCAGAAUUUUGUUAUCUUGUGGUAUAUUAAUACUACCCUACCUUUGUCUGAUUAUCUGACCUUAAACUUGUAACCCUUCUCUAUCACGGACUAUGCAUUUGCAAUGCUGCAGUAAUAAGGGGAUCAAUAGUUCACCUUCAAGAGUGGCUGUUUGUAUGGGCCACUGUUAGGAUCAUUUAAAGAGUAAGUCACUUCAAAUAUAAUCGUAAUUGAUUAUCUUUUACGAUGUUUGCCAUGUGUGGCUCUUUCACUUGCUUCAAUACUGAGUUAAUAUCAGUGAUUCGUUGCUUGAUAUUUAAGUCACCAUUUAAUGUGAGUUUCAAGAUCCUGAAGUUUGAGAAUCUGUGAGGUUUCUAAUGAGCAAAAUAAAAGAAUUACCCCAAA